AUGCUUGCCGAUCACUCAAAGAUGAGCAUUGCUCUAAUAGUGUUCUAUAUACCUGUGAUCAUCUUAUCAACUUAUCUCGCAUGCUAUCGACACAGGAGACCCCGCAUGGCCUGGAACACUCUCAUUUUUUUUUCAAGCAUUCGCAUUGCCGCGGGCGUCCUCGUUAUCAUUUCAGAACAAAAACCAAGCACCGGAUUUAUGAUUGCAGCGACCAUACUUCUCAAUGCCGGUGUAUUCCCCCUAAUUGCAGCCACAAUGGGCUUCAUUCGAAUCAUCACAACCAUCGAACAAAACAUGGACCCGCGAAUCCGCCAAGGCUUGCGUUUCUCUCGCAUACUGUUUAUAGUCGGUCUUUCUUUGACAGUCGCCGGUGGAGCUUUAGAAGGAAGCGACACCACCAGCGAUGUCCUUAUCGGAUUCAAACUGGUCAAAUCUGGCUACAGUAUCGUUGUCAUUUUUGCAGCCAUCUUAUUGGCCAUCCAGGCAUAUUUCUGGACACAGUCCUCGCUGUUUUCAGGGACAAGUCGGAUGCUCCUUAAAGCUAUGACACUUGGCACGCCAUUCAUUGUCGUUCGCAUUACCUACCUAUUCCUCUCUGUUUUGCACACGUCGGAUCUCAAAUGGAACGCUCUUCUCGGACCAAUUGCCCCGUUUUUGGUCAUGGGGUUGUUGAUGGAGUAUUUCGUUGUUGGGGUUUACCUCACCACCGGCGUUAUGAUGUCCCCAAAGGCGAUCCCUGCAAAGCAGAGAAUUCCCGAUGAAGAGACAAUGUGA